GUAAACCAUGGCGAUUGUAUCCUCAUCUGAAGAUCCUGUGUAUGACAAUAAUUUUGAUGCAAAGAAAUAUCUGGAUAUGUUCUACAGGAUUGACCCCAAAACUCGGCAAGUUGAUAAAGAGUCAGACUUUCUGUUUACGUUUCUGAAUGAUGCAUUCUCUUCAGGCCGUGUAAAGCACAAGAGCUUGAUAGAGAUUGGUGCAGGUCCCUCUAUACACCAUAUCCUACCUGCCUGUGAAUACUUUGAAAAAAUCUACAUUACUGAUUAUUUGCAAAGCAAUCUACAAGAAAUUGAAAAAUGGCUGAGAGAUAGCAGUGAUGCUUUUGAUUGGUCUCCAUACAUUAGAUAUGUUUGCAUCCUUCAGAACACAAGAACCACCCCUGAGGAGAGUGCAGAGAAAAUAAGGAGAAAAGUGUCACUAAUGAAGUGUGACGUCACUAAAACCAAUCCCCUGCAUCCGAAUUCCCUUCCUUUGACGAACUGCUUGCUCACCGUAGCAUGCCUUACUAGUGCUUGCAAAAGUUUUAAAGAGUUUAAAACUGCUCUUAAGAAUAUUGUAUCUCUAAUCAAACCAGGAGGCCAUCUGAUUCUAAGUGAUUACUUUAAAGCCAUAUAUUAUGUGGUUGGAGAGACAAAAUUUCCACUUCUGUCACUUAAUGAGGAUUUUGUCAAGGAAGCAGUGUCUGAGAGUGGAUGUGAAACUGAACAGUUUAAAACCUUUACAGAGAUUCGGAAACCGGAGGAUUUGUUUGAGAGCAAAGAAGUAUUCUGCCUUCUAGCCCGUAAACUAUGAGCGCAGUCCAACAAGAUGUGUGUGUCGGUCUAUUUUUUCUAGUUUUGGUUCUAAUUCGUCAUUGGGUUUUGAUUUUGCCAACAC